GAGGAGGCGUGGCGUGGGCCGUGGAUUGGGGGGCGCCUCUCUUCGGAGGAUUACGGCACACGGCGCUGCUGUCCGCGGUGCUGAAGCUGGAGAGAGAGGAAGGAAGGAAGGAAGGAAGGAAGGAAGGAGAAGAAAGAAAGAAAGCAGAGGAGGAGAGGAGCAGCCGAGAGGGUCCGAGGAGGGACCCCGUCUCCAACCCCAAAGGAGAGAAGGAGGCCAGGGCGAAGGGGAGACCCUGGAGGGGUCAAAGGCGGAGAAAGGGGGACCCCAAGAAGCCCAUCACCCCCCAAGAGGGACCCAGCCAUGGCCAUGAAGGGCUGGCCGGUGGUCCUGCUCUUCGCCUUCGCCACCGCUUUGGGUCUCCGGGAUCAAGGUCUCUCCGAGGGGAAGACUGACCAUCCCAUUGUCCCCGAGGUCCCAACGGCGGCCCCGACCCCGGAAGAGAGGGAGCGCGAGGAAGAAGCCCCCUUUGCCACCACGGCGCCCACCUUGAAGCUCCUGGACCACCACCCGCCCCUCGAGAACUUCCUCCACGGGGCCCUGCUCAAGAAGGACUACUUCCUGCCCGAGGGACUCCUCGAACCCGGGGCCGGAGACCCCAAGGUGGACCCCACCCAGGCCCAAGGCACCACUGACCGGCCGGCCAGCUCUAUGCGGCCGGAAUUUGGCCGGACGGAGACACCGGGACCUCUUGGCUUCUCGAAUUCGGAACCAGGGACUCUGGCGGCCACCACCAUCGCGGCCACUGUGCCGUCUCCAGGCGGUCCUUGCAGCUGGAACCUGACGGGCCCGAAAGGGUCCUUGGCCUCGCCACUGCCCUCCGGCCUGCCCUACAAGCCUGGCGUGACCUUGGAGUGCGUUUACUCCAUCUCCGUCUACCCGGGAUACGGGGUCGAGAUCCGGGUGCAGAACAUCAGCCUCUCGGAAGGCGAGACGGUCACCAUAGAGACUUUGGGAGGAGUGGAUCCCAUCGCUCUGGCCAACGAGUCCUUCCUAAUGCGGGGUCAAGUGAUCCGGGGACCGACCAAUCAGGCGCUGAUCCGCUUCCAGAGCCCCUGGCCAGCCAAUCCGGGAAGCUUCCACUUCCACUUCGAAGCCUACCUUCUGAGCUGCGCCUUCCCUUCCCGCCCGGCCUACGGAGACGUGGCGGUCACCAGCGUCCACCCCGGCGGCCACGCUUGUUUCUCCUGCACCAACGGCUACCAACUGACCGGCCAGCGCUGCCUCACCUGCCUCAACGCCACCCACCCCUUUUGGGACGAACGGCUGCCGACUUGCGUGGCGUCCUGUGGUGGCGUGGUCCGCAAUGCCAGCACGGGCCGGAUCGUGUCCCCGGGCUUCCCCGGCAACUACAGCAACAACCUGACUUGCCAUUGGCUGCUGGAGGCUCCUCCGGGGCAGCGGCUGCACCUGCAUUUCGAGAAAGUCUCCCUGGCCGAGGAUGAUGACCGGCUGAUCAUCCGCAACGGGAACGACAUUGAGGCGCCGCCGGUGUACGACUCCUACGAGGUCGAGUACCUCCCCAUCGAGGGCUUGGUCAGCGCCGCCCGUGGGUUCUUCGUCGAACUGACCACUGACAGUAGUGGCGUGGCGGCCGGUGUGGCCCUGCGCUACGAGGCCUUCGAGCCGGGCCAUUGCUACGAGCCCUUCGUCAAGUACGGCAACUUCACGGCCAGCGACGCCUCCUACGCCGUGGGCACCACCGUGGAGUUCGCCUGCGAGGCCGGCUACACCCUGGAGCAAGGAUCUGUCAUCAUCGAGUGCGUCGACCCCGAAAACCCCCAGUGGAACGAGACUGAGCCCGCCUGCAGAGCGGUGUGCAGCGGGGAGAUCACGGACGCGUCCGGCGUGGUCCUGUCCCCGAACUGGCCGGAGCCCUACGGCAAGGGCCAGGACUGCAUCUGGGGCCUCCACGUCGAGGAGGACAAGCGCAUCAUGCUGGACGUCCAAGUCCUGCGCUUGGGCCAGGGGGACGUGCUGACCUUCUACGACGGGGACGACCUGACGGCGCACAUCCUGGGCCAGUUCUCGGGCCCACGCCGGCGCUUCCGCCUCUUCACCUCCAUGGCCGACGUCACCGUCCAGUUCCAGUCGGACCCCGGGAGCAGUGGACUGGGCUACCAGCAUGGCUUCGUCAUCCACUUUGCCGAGGUGCCCCGCAACGACACCUGCCCGGAGCUCCCCGAAAUCCCCAACGGCUGGAAGACGUCCUCGCACCCGGAGCUGGUCCACGGCACGGUGGUCACCUACCACUGCUACCCGGGCUACGAGCUGGUGGGCACAGAGCUGCUGAUGUGCCACUGGGACCUGGUCUGGAGCGGAGACCUGCCCUCCUGCCAGAGAGUGACCGCUUGCCACGACCCGGGAGAGGUGGAGCACAGCCGGCGCGUGGUCUCCCAGGAGGGCUUCCCCGUGGGCGCCACCGUCCACUUCCUCUGCGACAAGGGAUACGUCCUGGCCGGGAGCCCCGAGAUCGCCUGCCACGACCGCCAGGCCGGUGGGCCCAAGUGGAGUGACCGCCUGCCCAAGUGCAUCCCCGAGGUCUACGAACCCUGCCACAACCCUGGGGUCCCCGAUCACGGGAUGCAGACCCCCGAGAAGAGGGUCUUCCAGGCCGGGGCUUCGCUGCGCUUCUCCUGCGCCACCGGAUACGUCCUUUUGGGCAGUGCCAGCCUCCGCUGUGUCCCGGGUCACCCUUCCCAAUGGAGCGGGUCCCCGCCCAUCUGCAAAGCCGCUUCUUACGAUGAGUUCUACACCAAUCGCAACUUGGACGCCGUGGCCAAAGUGGCGCCGGCCGAGGACCCCCUCCACGGCACCAGUAUGGCCUUUGCCAUCUUCCUCCCCGUGGCUGCCGUGGCCCUCCUCUUGGGCGCCGUGUACCUCUUCAUCUCCAGGCACCAAGGCAAGCCCUCUCUGUCCCUGCCGCGGUCGGAGUCGCCCCCCUACGACCACAUUGCCGUGGAUUCGGCCUUCGACAACCCCACCUACGAGACCGGAGCUUUUUUCUCUGCAGGACCUGCGGGAGUAUGAAGUCUCCAUUUAGGGCAGACUGGCCCUCGAAGGAGCCGGAAGGGAGACCUCCGGACCCCCAAACUGACCGACUGGCUGGACCAUGGCAAAGCGGACUUGUACAUAGCCCCCCACCCCACCCCUCCCGCCCUCAAGAUCUGGAGCCAGAAGAGGACUCUCGAACCUGGGACUCGUCGUCGCCUUGCAAUCCACUGCCCCCCCC